UCUUCUGCUAGCUCCUCUUGCUCUGAAACUUCCACGCUCUCCUCGCCGCCGCCGCCGCCGCCAUGUCCGGCUUCGCGCGGCGCCUCGCCGGAAUCCCGUGGCGGGAGAUCGCCGGGGACGCCUUCUCCCGCGUGUUCCUCGUCGCGCAGGCCUUCUGCGCCGUCCACGUCGUCAACGCCCACGUCUGCUCCUUCGCGCUGGUGCGGGGCGCGAGCAUGCUGCCGGCGAUGAACCUGGCGGGGGACGUGGUGGCGGUCGACCGGCUGAGCGCGCGGUACGGGCGGGUGGCGCCCGGGGACGCCGUGCUCCUGAUCUCGCCGGAGGACCCGCACAAGGCGGUCGUCAAGCGCGUGGUCGGGAUGGCGGGCGACGCCGUCACCUACCUCGUCGACCCCGGGAACAGCGACGCCUCCAAGACCGUCGUGGUGCCACAAGGCCAUGUAUGGGUGCAAGGUGACAAUAUUUAUGCUUCUAGAGAUUCAAGACAGUUUGGACCUGUCCCUUAUGGUCUUAUUACAGGGAAGAUCUUUUGUCGGGUUUGGCCAUUGAAGGAUUUUGGUCCGAUAGAUUCAAAGGAAUAACUCAGUGGAGAGCUCAUUGAAGUUGGUGCAACGGCCAUCGCACAUAUAUAGAUUUUUAUGAUUCAGGCAACGAGGCCCUGCAUUCUGGUUCAUUGUUCUGCCAUGACACAUUUUACAGCAAAACCGACUCUCUCUGGUUACAUUGCUCACAUUUUCUUAGCCUGACAAUUUUGGCACAAGUCCUCGAGUGAAUCUCAGUCAUACUCUUGUAUAAAUUGAACAGUGUAACUUUGAUCUAUGAAUUUUGUAGAACAUUUUUUUUACAGACCAAAUUUUGUUCAACAUUGUACCUGACUGAUUAAUCGAGCUUGCCAUGCAUCAUCUUUGGAGCUUUGGUAGAAUAGGUACCAAGUACCAACAAUAGAAGUACACGGAAUUACUUUCUCAGCGAUAAAGCUGGAAUUGUUUUAUGAAGCUCUUGUCAUUGAAACAUGUUUGAGUGAUAUAUCACAUU